AUCUUCACAGCAAAAAAAACUUUUGAAACGCUUCAACCCAAAAUCCACGUCCACCCCACACGAACACACACGAAACGCCAUGAAGCGAAAACAGAUUUCCGACGAUACGCCUACAGCGGCGGCACUGGUGACGGCAACGGCGGUGGAGGAUGCAGAGACUACAUUCGCAUCCCUCGGUCUUGAUGCUCGGCUGCUGCAGGGUGUUGCGACCCUUGGGUUCGCGAAUCCUACGUUAGUGCAGGCGAAGGCGAUUCCGUUGGCGCUGGAGGGGAAGGAUAUUCUCGCGAGGGCGAAGACUGGCUCGGGAAAGACGGCGGCGUACCUGCUGCCGAUUCUGCACAGCAUAUUAAAAACGAAAGAGGAAUCACCAAACGAAAAGGCGACGCGCGCAUUCAUCCUCGUGCCCACGAAAGAGCUGGCGGAGCAGGUCCUCAAGAUGACCGAGAAGCUUGCGCAGUUCUGCGGAAAGGCGGUCCGCGCCGUCAACAUUGCGCAGAACGUGUCGGAACAGGUGCAGAGAUCGCUGCUCGCCGAGAACCCCGAUAUUGUCAUCUCCACACCCUCAAGAGCGCUGUUACACAUCAACCUCUCCGGCCAAGCUCUGGUCGCCAAUGUUUCGCAGAUGGUCAUUGAUGAGGCGGAUCUGGUGCUGUCAUACGGUUAUGAUGAUGACCUGCAGGCGAUCGCGAAAGCGCUGCCGAAAGGACUGCAGACAUUCUUGAUGAGUGCCACCUUGACGAAGGAAGUCGAGACGCUGAAAUCCUUGUUUUGCCGGAGUCCAGUGAUUCUGCGACUGCAUGAGGACGAGGAGGACGUAGAGGGUGAAGGCGUUAGCCAAUACGUUGUGAAGUGUGCCGAGGACGAGAAAUUCCUGCUCAUUUACGUAAUUUUCAAGCUUAAACUAAUAAAGGGCAAAUGCAUUGUCUUUGUGGGCGAGAUCGACCGCUGCUACCGUCUCAAACUCUUCCUUGAGCAAUUCGGCAUCCGAUCUUGCGUGCUCAACUCCGAGCUCCCCGUCAACUCCCGCCUGCACAUCGUCGAGGAGUUCAACAAGGGCGUGUACGACAUCAUCAUCGCGACGGACGAGAACGAAGUAGUAGGCGACGAGGAGGACGAGUUGCCGGAGAAGAAGAAGAAGAAGAACUCUACCCCGGCCGACGUCGAGAUGCCCGACGCAGACGCAGACGCAGAAGCAGCAGUCGCCGAAGCCACAACACAAAAGAAGAAGAAGCGCAAGAAGCCGCGCCUUGACAAAGAAUACGGCGUGUCGCGCGGCAUCGACUUCCAAAACGUCGCGUGCGUCCUCAACUUCGACCUCCCCACCUCCGCAAAAUCGUACACCCACCGGAUAGGCCGGACCGCGCGCGCCGGAAAAACCGGCAUGGCCAUGACCUUCGUGGUGCCCGAGAAGCUGCACGGAAAACACAAGCCGACGACCAUCCCCACCACGGCGAACGACGAAAAGCUGCUCGCAAAGAUCACCGCCCAGCAGGCAAAGAAGGGCAAGCAGGUGAAGCCGUACAUCUUCGACAUGGAGCAAGUGCAGAGCUUCCGGUACCGCAUGGACGACGCGCUGCGUGCGGUAACACGGACCGCCAUCCGCGAGGCGCGGACCCGCGAGCUGCGACAGGAGCUGCUGGCGAGUGAGAAGCUGAAGCGCCAUUUCGAGGAGAACCCCGAGGACCUGAAGCAUUUGCGACACGACGGAGAGCUGCGCGCGGCACGCAUCCAGCCGCAUCUGAAACACGUGCCGGAAUAUCUGCUGCCGAAGGACGGAACUGCGGCGUUAACGUCCGGCCCGGAUAUCAGCGGUGUGGGCCUGAAAAAGAGCGGCGAGAAUAGGAUCAGGAAGGCGAGAGAGAGGAAUAAGAGGGUGCGGAAGAAUGCGGCGACGAGAGGGAAGGGCAGGGAUCCGUUGAAGAUGUUCAAAGGAGGAAAGGGUAAGAAGUAAAUGGAAAAUGGUAAUCCGCACAAGCAGUUGUAUCUAUAGCACAUGAGGAGUAUUGACAUUGUUACGGUGUUGCGGGCAAAGUAGGCGAUCAUAAUAAAAC